AUGGAAAAAAGAUCCUUCAGCAGAUUACGAUUGUCCUGCCCACGAUGUCAUCGCCGCCCUAGAUCAAGUCCGGAGAAACUUAGUCGCAAAUAG